CACAGAGUGAAACCUCUUCACAAGCAGAGGCGAUCUUUGCUCCAAACAUGGCCGCUCGCAUGUGAAAGUCAUGCCACUAAAAUCCUUCAUGUGAAUGAGCUCAUUUCAGGUGUAAUUGGUUAGACGUAGAGGUUUAAAAGUAAAUCUGAACAUACGGAUUUUUUUUUUUUUUUACUUUAUCCAUUAAAGUUAGUCACGCAUUGGUAAGUCUAGAAUUUCCUCGGAUCCGAAGAUCUAGAGACCAGCUUACUGAACACAUUAGCAAACCAGUGGCUCACCACCCAGUCAGUUGAGAUGGAUCCUGACCAGCAGCUGAGAAAUCUGCGGGAUUUCCUUUUGGUUUACAACCGCAUGACUGAAAUCUGCUUCCAGCGCUGCACAAGUAACUUCAACUACAGGAACCUCACAAUGGACGAGGAGCGCUGUGUGGACAACUGUGCUGGGAAGCUGAUUCGCACAAACCACCGCUUGAUGGGCACGUAUGUGCAGCUGAUGCCUCGGAUGGUGCAGCGAAGGAUGGAGGAGAUGGAGAGCAAGGCUGCAGAGAAUGCAAAGGCAGCCGAGGCUGCAGCUGCACCUGGAACCAUUGGGACUGGAGCCGAAGCCGCACCAUCAGUUCAGACAUCUAUAAGUUCACCUCCACCUACUCAGAUAACCUCAUUAGUGACUGAAGUAGCACCAGAAGUCCAUCACUCAGCCUUAAAACCAGCAGUAUUAGAAAUUCCAUCUAAUACAGUAGCCACAGGAAUAGGUUUAUCAGCUAGCACACCACUUACACCCAGGACUGAUGGUGUAAAUGUCUCAGAACUUAAAGAAACUGGACUAGGAUUUCCUCAGCCUGCUGUAUCUGGAAUCCAGAAUGACUUUGGCAGCCCUAAAGCAUCACCAUGACCAGAAAAUGGACCAAAAGGCAGAUCCUACAGUCUAAAUCAUGAGGCCUGACAGGCCAAGAGAGUCAUGAAUCAAAGGAGUCUUACCAAUCAGACUGAAACCUCUGUCCUCAACACCCAGACAAAAAAAUCUUUGAAAUGAUGAGGAUCCCAACAGAUGUUGAUUAUUUUUGACAGAGUUCUAUUGUUUUUCUUUUCUCUUUUUUUUAUUUCUUACUUUUUUAGAUUUGUCUUGUGGCUGCAGUCAUACACAUGUCAUCUUUUUAUUUUAUUUUAGAUUAAUAAAUAAUUAAAGGAUUGCUGACAACGUUAACAUAAAAGUAUAGUUCAGGGUGGUUUUUAAAUGUUGUUUUCUGAUAAAAUCUAAAAUGUAUAUGUCUAUGUGCUUUACAGCUGAGGUCCCCAACCCAGGUCCUGAGACCCCACUGUCUUGCAGAUUUUAGGUGUUUCUCUGCUUCUUUACAGCUGGCUUAAGUAAAUGGGUGAUUAACGGGCUUCUGCAGCAACUGGAGCUAUGCAAAUGAGUUAAUGCAACCAUUUGUAACCAUUGGGGAAACAUCUAAAACAUGCAGGACAGUGCAUCUAAAACAUGCACUGAUGACAGUGCACGUAUGACAGGGUUGAGGGGGCCUCUGCUUUACAGAUGGAAAAUAAAACAACAAAAAUGGAAAAAAAAAA